AGCGCGCGGCGGGAAAUUAUUUCCCAGAGCCCGGAUUAGUGAGGUAGCGAGUGCUGCAGCGGCAGUCGUCUCCCCUGUCACCACCGCCACCCGAGGGAAGCAGCCCAGACUCUCCGGCAGGGAAGAUGGAAGAUGGUGCUCCAAAGCAUAUCAUCCAGAUGACGGGAUUUAAGAUGGAAGAAAAGGAAGCUCUAGGCAAAUUGCUUUUAAAACUAGAUUGCACUUUUAUUAAGAGUGAGAAAUACAAAAAUUGUACACAUCUUAUAGCUGAACGUUUGUGUAAAAGUGAAAAGUUUUUAGCAGCUUGUGCAGCAGGAAAGUGGGUACUAACUAAGGACUACAUAAUUCAUAGUGCCAAAAGUGGCAGAUGGCUUGAUGAAACAACUUAUGAAUGGGGCUAUAAAAUUGAAAAAGACUCUCAUUAUUCGCCUCAAAUGCAAUCUGCACCUAAAAGAUGGCGUGAAGAGCUGAAACGCACUGGUGCUCCAGGAGCCUUCCAUAGAUGGAAAGUUGUCCUCCUUGUUAGAGCUGAUAAACGAAGUGAUUCUCUUGUAAGAGUUCUGGAGGCUGGAAAAGCAAAUGUUAUUUUACCAAAAAGCUCACCAAGUGAAAUAACUCAUGUGAUUGCCAGUAAUGCAAGAAUCAAGGCUGAGCAAGAAAAAGACAACUUUAAAGCUCCAUUUUAUCCAAUUCAGUAUCUAGGGGAUUUUCUUUUAGAGAGAGAAAUUCAGAAUGAUGAAGAUUCCCAGACCAAUUCUGUUUGGAAUAAACAUAGCAAUCAGGAAAAAAACAAAGAUUUCUGGAAGGAUAGGGGAUUUCUUGAAAUGAAAGGUGCCUUAAAAGAGACCAUGCAUAGAACCCAGAAAGAAAAGCAAAAUCAUGAUGAAGAUGUUAACGUUAGUUAUCUUUUGACUGGCCAUCACAAAAAAGAAAAAUUCAGAGAUUCCAAUAAAGAUUUGAAAUUUGUUAAAAUGAGAGAUGCCUUAGGAAGGUGCACGUAUGGAAGUCAGAAGGAAAUUAAGAAAAAGGAUGAAGAUGUUCAAAGGAGUUAUACUUUGAGGAAAAAACGCAAAAAAGGAAAUGAAAGAGAUUCCAGGAAAGACAUUGAACGUAACAAAAUUAGAAGUACCUCAAGAAAGCACAUAUAUAGAGAUGAGAAAGAAAUGAAGAAUUCCAUUUUUGCUGAUGGUGCCAAAGAAUCAAAUCCCAAGGAUGUCAGGACAGAUGUGGAUAUUGUUGAAAUAAAAAAUGACCUAAGGAAGCACAUAUAUAGAGCUCAGGCUAUCAGAUACAGCUGCAUUAGAAUAGAUAAACAACCAGUGUACAAUAUUGAGGCUAAAAAUGCUGAAUUUCCCAGAGGUGUAUUAAAUUUAAUUGAAAGUCUCAUAGAAGGACAGUUUUUUAAAGAGGCGAUUGAAGAGCUUUCCUCAUUACAGGCACAUUAUAUCCCCCCUGUAUGCCUUCUUCAUGCUCUCCUAGAGAACAUUCUGCAGGAUAACAUAGAUACAUUUUCUGGCCGAUACUUUCAUAUAUUGUCUGCUCUUCUUCACCUACAUCCUCCUUGGAAGUCCCCAGCCAUGUCAAGAUAUUACUUAGAGCUGUUUCAGUGUCCAACUUGUAUGAAAGGAGCAUGGUCUCUCAUAGAAGUGCUUAUCAGGUCUUGUCUUUACAAUGAAAGUUUUUGUCAUCAAAUUUCGAAAAAUAUUAUUGGCAGUAAGGUGCUCCACCUGACCCUGCUCAAAUUUUUCUUUAAUUUAGUGGAAAGUGAAGUGCGACAUCUGAGCCAAAAGUUGUAUGACUGGUCAGAUUCUCAGAGUCUGAAAAUAACAGGAAAAGCAAUUCUUCUUGAAAUCUUUUGGUCAGGAAAUGAGGCCUCUGGGCUUUUGACCAAACCAGUAAAUAUGCUUUUGGAGUGGACCAUAUAUUCUCACAAGGAAAAAUGCAAGUCUAAUGAUGUCUUCAAACAUGAGCUAGCCUACUUACUCACAGGAAUUCUUGGAGCAGCGAUAGAUUAUUGGAUCUUCCUUGGUCUGAAGAGGGGUAAAAAUGUGAUGCGGCACAUGUCUGAUGACUUAGGAAGUUAUGUUUCCCUUUCAUGUGAUGACUUUUCUUCACAGGAAUUAGAGAUUUUCAUUUGUUCCUUUUCCUCCUCCUGGCUUCAAAUGUUUGUUGCAGAGGCAGUCUUUAAAAAGUUGUGUUCACAGAGUUCCAUCAGCAUUUCUUCUGAGCCACUCUCUCUCCAAAAAAUGGUAUAUUCCUAUUUGCCAGCUUUGGGGAAGGCUGGUGUGCAUGGGGCUGGAAAGAUACAGAUAUCAAAGAAAAUAGGACAGCGGCCUUGCCUUGAAUCUCAGAGAGCCUUGUUAAUGCUGAAUGGUGCGAAACAGAAACAAGUGGAAGGGCUGCCAGAAUUACCAGAGCUGAACCUUGCUAAAUGUUCCUCAUCGUUAAAAAGAUUGAAAAAGAAGUCAGAAGGAGAAUUAUCAUGUUCCAAGGAGAAUUGCCCCUCUUUAGUUACAAAGAUGAAUUUUCACAAAACUAAUCUAAAAGGAGAAACAGCCCUCCAUAGAGCUUGCAUAAAUAACCAAGUGGAGAAAUUGAUUCUUCUUCUCUCUUUGCCAGGAAUAGACAUCAAUGUUAAAGACAAUGCUGGCUGGACGCCUUUGCAUGAAGCCUGUAACUAUGGCAACACAGUGUGUGUCCAGGAAAUUUUGCAACGUUGUCCAGAGGUAGAUCUGCUCACUCAAGUGGACGGGGUGACUCCUUUGCAUGAUGCACUGUCAAACGGACAUGUAGAAAUUGGCAAGCUGCUACUACAGCAUGGGGGCCCGGUGCUUUUACAGCAGAGGAACUCUAAGGGAGAAUUGCCCUUGGAUUACGUGCUAUCAUCUCAAAUCAAGGAGGAACUAUUUGCCAUUACAAAAAUAGAAGAUACAGUGGAGAACUUUCAUGCACAAACAGAGAAACAUUUUUACCACCAGCAACUUGAAUUUGGUUCAUUUUUACUUAGUAGGAUGUUGCUAAAUUUUUGUUCAAUUUUUGAUUUAUCUUCGGAGUUCCUUUUAGCUUUCAAAGGGUUAACUCAUCUAAAUGAGCUGCUUGUGGCUUGUAAGAAUUAUAAGGAAGCCACCAGUGCUCACACCGACUGGUUAUUGGAUCUUUAUGCUAGAAAUAUAAAGACAUUGCAGACGCUCCCAAAUAUUCUUAAGGAACUGCCUGAGAAUGUAAAAGUGUGCCCCGGAGUGCACACUGAGGCCUUAUUGGUGACACUGGAAAUGAUGUGUCGUUCAGUCACAGAGUUUUCGUGAUGAUGACAAAAACAAUGAGUCCACUUUCCAAACGUAGUUAGCUUGCUUUGUCAUUUCUCAUGGACGUCAUAGCUUAUUAACAAAUAAUAAUUGUAUUUAUUUAUUGACAGAAUUUGCAGCUUUGCUGAAUUUCAAAAGCACUUAAUGAGCUGCUGCAAAACUCUAAAUGUAAGCCCCUGACUUUUUCCAUGUUGUAGAAUUUGACUCAGAAGUAAAAAGAGUUUCAUUUGGUUUACGCUGUUUUCAUUAAUCUUUAUUAUUUCUUGUUCUGAAAAUAUUUAUUUAUAUUGUACAUGUAAAACAUUUUAAUUUAAAUAUUUUUUCAAAUCAAAAUGUAACAUCCUCUGUUCGAGGGAUUUGAGGUUUAGAAUCAUGACAAGGAUAUUCAUGCAUAUGUGUACCUAUAAGCAUGUAGCUACCUGUUUUCUUCUCUGUAGGCUGUUGAGCUAAAAUUACUCAGUUUAGUUUUGUUGUAAAAUAAACAUUUCUAAAAUUUACAAUAAUAAUACUCUCUUGGUUUUUAAAUGCGGUGAAUGUGCCAAGUUUGACAGUUUAAUCCCUUGAUCUACCUUAUUUUAGCAGUUCAUGUACAGUUUAUUUCUACUCCAUGUAAUCACUAUUCUGUAAGUGAAAACAUAUUGCUACGAACUAAGUUUUACCAAAUAUCAAGAUUAUAAGCGGUAACUAAGUAAUAGAUUUGAGAUUAUCUAAAAUCUUAAUGUGUAGUAUGAAUUUAUGUUUCAAUUUGCAGGUUUUUUUCUAACAGCAGUUUAUGGUAAGACUGAAAGAAAGGGUGUGGAUAAUAACCACUUUUGAAAUUGGAGUUGCUUUACUUGUGGGAAUAAGUUACACUGUGGUACAGCUGAAAAAGAAACAUUAAAACUUCCAUUUAGCUUUUUUUUUGUAACUAAAGUGAUGAUCUCACAGCAAUUAAUCUACUAAAGAAGCAAACUUUAGUUUUAUCUCAGAAAUCUUUUAAUAAGAUACAAAUUCUGAGUGUUUUAUUACUGGGUUUAUAAUCUAACCUGAAAACUGCUACAUUUCAGCUGCUAUAUCAGCUCUGAAUAAAAAUCACGGUUUCUUUUUCUAUAUUUUUAAAUCAGUAAUUUUUUACACAUACUGUAAGAAAUAUUAGUUGUUUCUAGUUAGCCUUCAGUUGUGAAAUAAAAGCCUCAUUAAUAUUUACUUAAUCUGCCAGAGUAUCAGAGAAAACAUGACGCAGCAGAGACUGAGGAACACUAAAAUACUCAGAAAGAUCUAGUAAAAUGUUUCCCAACAUGAUGAAUAAGGACAUUUUUAUUCCAGAGAAUAGCCACUUUACUUCAGUUGUGAAGGCAUUGUGGAAUAAUUGCUUGGUCAACUAAUAUAAACUUAAAUACAUAGUUUUGAGAUCUAAUAGGCAUAGUUACAAAUCCCUAUUUAAUAUCUUAAUAGCUAAAUUAUAAGGCAAGUUCCUUUCUGAGCUUUUGUUUUCUUACCUAUCAAAUGGAAAUAACACCAGGUAUUAUCUCUGUCAUGAUAGAAUUGUUAGCCUAUCACCUUAUAUGCCUCUUAAUAAAUGUUGCUUCUUUUCUAACUCUUACCUUCUCUUUUUAGCUACAAUGAAUCACUUAAGAUAGUAAUUGCUUAAAUAGGUGAUAAUUCUAAGUUAAUAAAAUAAUCAGUGCUAUGAGUUAGGGUUUUGCACGGCUUAGAAAAAGUAGUUUUCUAAAUUAAAUGAUCUCAAGAAAUAUCAUUUAGUUGCAAUGAGAAGUAAUUUUUCAUAACUAUCUGCCCACUUUUGCAAGUCAUGAUAAUGUGAAAUAUUAAACACUAAAAUGCUAUUGAGGUCUCUGCCCUUAAUCAGGUAUCAUUGUAGUUUUGCAGUGACUCAGAAGUACAACUUGGCAAACAGAUUACUAUGUUCUUUGUCCUAGUUAACAAUAUCAAUAUAUGUAUAUGAAUUUGAACAAAUGUAUGUGAAUUUAAGCCUUCAAUGAGAAACUUGAUUUCUAAUAUUCCUUAUGUUUUAUUUUAGAAAACAAUAAUUGCUUCAGAUUGAUCUUAGAGGUAGAUGAAAUAGAAAUAUUAAUAAAUAAAAUUCAUAGUC